CGGCUUCAGUCACGCCCCUAGUGUGUUCCGGGCAGGUACACACAGGUGAAAUACCCGGUGUAUGAACUGAACGUUGUGGGUCUUUAUAAAGGACCAGGAUGUGUUUUAUAUGAAACUGUAAAAGAAAUUUGGAUGGUUUUCGCCCCGAUUUUCGAGUGAAAUUCUGGAAGUUAAAUUACAACACAUCGGGGGUAAUAGUCUUCACUUUGUUACAGUGUAAAAAGUGGCUGUGGACGUUUUCUAAAGUACCCAAAAAUGGAACCGGAAGUGAGAAAGUGCACGCCCAACCCGGGUCUGGUGAUUCUUCUGCUUCUCAGCUUUAUUCCAGGUGGACUAUGCGAUAACUACAAUCUUUCCGGCCUGGUCGCCUCCAGUAUAACCUCGGUGUUUUUCUUGAUACUACUAGUAGCCGUAAUUACCAUGGGUGUUAUUUGGCAUAGAUGGUUUCCACGGUAUCAGUUAUCCCGUAACAAGGUUAAAAUUCCCCGCCACGUUAGAUUCGCUAAACUCAAGGGUAGCCGUGUGGAGAUUAUUGAACCGGAGGGAAGAUCGCUUCAUCUGACGUCAUAUCCGCCAUCCAUGAGGUCGACAAAGGUCAUGGUUCCAACUGCAACAACUUAUCAAAAAGCAGAUUCAUGGAUCAAGGAACAGAGAAGAUAUGGGGAAGAUCCUGUACCAAAGGAAUCUGUUAUGAAUUUUGGCGAAGAGGAUGGCGACGUGAUUGUAACGGAAGUAGUGCCGGAAGUUGAAAUUCCAAAAUCUCGACUUAACACGACAAUCCAAGUUGAUCCCGACAAACCCACAAGCAACGCUACGGAUGACGAGAUCUCGCGCCUCAACCGGCGUCAAAGUGAUCUCGUCACUAACCAGAGUAUCGGAGGCGUGUUCAACUUUGACGACGAGGAUACCGUGUUGGAUUCCAACGUCGGAAACGAGGGCACUGUGCUAUAUUAAAAAGCAUAAUGCAGUUGUACUAUUUUUGUAUAACAUCCUGGUUUGGUAGAAAUAUUUUGUAUGACAUGUUUGCCAAGUGCCGUAGUGUAGAUGGUUCAGCAUAUUAAUUCAUGAAGUCACACGCACUGGCCAUCAUCAUAUUGGUUGUUAAUUUAACCUUUUCUUUGAUGUGCGUCAAUUGAUUUCAUAAGGGGACAUAAGCGCCAUAUUACUUAAGGAAUAUGUUUGUAUGGGUGUUUGAUAUAUUAAUGAACUAGUUUUGUGCCCUUUCUAUAACACCCUUUAAAAUCGUUUAGACAUGAUGAACUAUUAGCUUAUUUUUUACAGGAUGAACUAGAAAUUAAUUUUACAUAAAAUGGUGAAUAGGAAAUUUAUUGGGUGGGUAAUGAUUACUUUGAUAUAUUACAUAAACCAGAGAUUAAUUUGAUAUGACACGAAGAAACAGAUUAAUUAUAUGACAGGAUAAUGUAAUUAAUUCAAUGACGCAUGGACUACAUUUAAUACGUUACUGAUUAAUUUGCAACCGGCGGUUAACUACGUGUAUCAAGUACACUGGGAUAUUAGCAAUCAGAUUGUUAUAACUAUUUCUUACAGGCUUCUGUUAAAGAUCAUUUUUUGUUGAAUUUUGAAUAUUUUAUUUGUUAUUAGAGGUAACACGUUGGACAGGGUACCUUCCUAAUCACCGGGGUACCAGGUAAUCGGUUACUUUUGAACUAGAUGGGAAGUUGGAAAUGUAAUUUGCUGUUUGCUAUUCAUACUCUACAUGUAUGACAAGAUUUUUUUUAAGUUAAACAGUAUUUCCUACAAAUGACACUUUUCCUUUCUUGACAUUCCACAAUGAGGAUUUUCACCAUGUAGAUCAUCGUUGGUAAAAUUGUGUGAUAACUUCGGCAUUUUCAUUGUCAUCUCAACAAAGUCGGUACCAUACUGACCUGUAUACUGUGGAAGUGUAAAUGUGGCGUGAUUCAUUCAAGUACAAAAUAUUAAGUUUACGCAUUUUUAUUCCAUUUGUAUUGUUAUUGUUGAUAUACCUACAUGUACAUCAUUAUUACAUGCAUUGCAAUAACGCUUCCGUUUAGAUUAGGUAUAGCAGAGUAAAAAGGAAUAUAACUCCAUUUCAUCUAACUCGGAUAAAAAAUACCACAUGAAAAUGUAUUGUUUGGACGGGAAUGCUUUUGACUUGGUGAUAAUCGUGCUUCAACAAUCCAUUUUUAUUGGCAUUCAAAGAAUCCGGAUGCGUAUUAUUCGUCCAUUGCUUAGUUUUGAUAUGACUAAGGGAUCUUUUGUAGUCUGGCUAUUGUAUAACUAAGGGAUCUUUUGUAGUCUGGCUAUUGUAUGACUAAGGGAUCUUUUGUAGUCUGGCUAUUGUAUAAAGGGAGUUUUCGUUAAUACGGAUUGGUUAUAUAUAAGUAUUCUUUUGUACAUCAUUUUCAAAUAGUCGAAGCAUCAGGGUUGUUACAAUGCUUGACAUAUCGCACGGAAUAAUCGGUCGUCCGGAAGUAGGUAAUUUCUGUUGAAAACGCUACAAGAAAAAGAAA